UCUCCAAACUUACAAUAUUUAUGUGUUAAAUUUUCUUAUUUCCUUAACCAAGUCAUUUGAACACAAAACUAAACAUGGAGGUCUUCUAUCUCUAUCUCCUUUGCCUUUUCACUCUCUUUACGUCGCUCGCCCUUCAUUUCAUCUUUUACAAGCGAAACUCCGGCAGCUUGACCGGAACCCUACCUCCGGGCAAAACCGGAUGGCCGUUCAUCGGAGAGAGCUUCGAGUUUCUCUCAACGGGUUGGAAAGGCCAUCCUGAAAAAUUCGUAUUUGAUAGAAUGACCAAGUAUUCGUCUAGUGUCUUUAAAACUCAUCUUUUAGGUGAAAAAGCAGCAGUCUUUUGUGGUCCGACGUGCAAUAAAUUCUUGUUUUCUAAUGAAAAUAAACUUGUACAAGCUUGGUGGCCAGAUUCUGUAAACAAAGUAUUCCCAUCUUCAACUCAAACUUCAUCAAAAGAAGAAGCAAUUAAAAUGAGAAAAAUGCUUCCAAAUUUCUUCAAGCCAGAGGCAUUACAACGUUAUGUUGGUAUCAUGGAUCAUAUCGCGCAACGCCAUUUUGCUUCAAGUUGGGAAAAUAAGAACCAAAUCGAAGUUUUUCCACUAGCAAAACGUUACACAUUUUGGCUAGCCUGUCGAUUAUUUGUAAGUGUGGAAGAUCCUAACCAUGUCGCGAAAUUUGCUGAUCCUUUUAAUGUUUUGGCUUCCGGAUUGAUUUCUAUCCCUAUAGAUUUGCCAGGAACGCCAUUUAAUCGCGCGAUUAAGGCAUCGAAUCUUAUUAGGAAGGAGCUUUUGUUAAUUAUUAAGCAAAGGAAAGUUGAUUUGGCUGAAGGGAAAGCAUCACCAACACAAGAUAUAUUGUCACAUAUGCUAUUGACAAGUGAUGAAAAUGGGAAAUAUAUGCAUGAAUUGGAUAUUGCUGAUAAGAUUUUAGGAUUAUUGAUUGGUGGACAUGAUACUGCUAGUUCUGCUUGUACAUUUAUUCUUAAGUAUCUUGCUGAACUUCCUGAGAUCUAUGAAGGAGUUUACAAAGAACAAAUGGAAAUUGCAAUGUCAAAAUCACCUGGUGAGUUAUUGAACUGGGAUGAUAUUCAGAAAAUGAAGUAUUCUUGGAAUGUAGCAUGUGAAGUUUUAAGACUUGCCUCACCCCUCCAAGGUGCUUUUAGAGAAGCUAUUAAUGAUUUCAUCUUCAAUGGUUUCUACAUUCCUAAAGGAUGGAAGCUAUAUUGGAGUGCAAACUCAACACACAAAAACCCUGAAUAUUUCCCAGAGCCACAAAAAUUUGAUCCUUCAAGAUUUGAAGGUUCAGGACCAGCUCCUUACACAUUUGUGCCAUUUGGAGGAGGGCCAAGAAUGUGUCCAGGAAAAGAAUAUGCAAGACUUGAAAUACUUGUUUUUAUGCACCAUUUAGUGAAAAGGUUUAAGUGGGAAAAAGUUAUACCUAAUGAGAAAAUUGUUGUUGAUCCAAUGCCUAUUCCUGCUAAAGGACUUCCUGUUAGACUUUAUCCUCACAAAGCUUAGCCAACUAUGUUAAUUUCAGGCUUUGUUUAAUGAUGUUUUUUGAGUCUUUGUUUAUUGAUAUUUUUUAAGUUAAAUAUCCCAAGUAGUUUUUGGGAAAGGUGUAUAAAACAGACAAAAAUUAUAUGGUUAUUUCAAUGUAA